AUGAAGCUGUGGAUCCUUGGAUUACUCGGUAUAGCCGUUCAAAUUUCCGCGACUCAAGUACCGGUGAACGCUCCUGAUUGGUCGUGGCAAGGCCAAGACACCCUGCCGAUCGGUGGAUCUGAAAAUCCAGGCAUAAGGGAGAAUGAAGAGGAGAGAGCUAUCUCCGGAAAUGCAAACAUCGAAGUUGUAGAACCACCCGGUGAACAGCGAUCGGUGGAAUCGGUGAUCGAGGAAAUUCUCGUUUCUAAUCGACAGGGCCGCAAUAUCGAGGGUUUCGAUCAACUGUACUCAGAUCCUGAGGUGAAGAACGCGCUUCAAUUAGGGAACGACACGAUUGCCCGAUCGUACAUCCGAGAUAAACUGUGCUCUCUUGGACUAAUGAACUGCGAAAAUGUCGAGGGACGUCGUCCGUACUACUCCCCGCAUCGUGGUAUACACCCUCAAGAUAUAAUUUACGCUCAACCCGUGACCAUUAAGCCUGUAGGAAGACCUCUGCCGGCUAUUCCAGUGAAAAGACCCUACGGUCUUCCGAGACCCGGACCACCAUCCAGCUUUAUCUCUUCUGGACCACCGCCAGAAGUGAUCUACGGAGCAGGUGGUGCACCACACCCUCCGUCCUUCGCGUCUGCUUCCGGUUUACUCGGCUCCUACCCGUCUUUCAAGAAACCCGGACCUCCUUCGACCUUCCCGUCGAAACCAGUGUUCGAAUCAGGUGCUGUAAGCGAAGGAUUCGAGUACCAGGGCAACAGUCAGUUCAUCGACAAGAAGCAAAUUGCACUGAGACCAUCUCUGGUGGGCUCUGACCCGGUCCAACAACACGUCCACCAUCACUAUCAUCACAACGAAGGCGCAGGUGGUGGUACAAUUAGCGGAGGACCUUCGUUCAGCCCUGGGCCGAUCAAUCAGGGUGCUACAUCCCUCGGUUAUGGUAGCAAUUACGGAAAUAUAGGGACAAGCUACGAUGUUCCCAGCUCUGGAGUACUCGGUGGAGGAUUCCAAGAUUUCGACGACUACAAGAAAGCGUUCAAAGUGAAAGGAACGAGCAACGAUGUGAGCGGAUCAAGCGGAUCAAGCGGAUCAAGCGGUUCUGCGUCGGCGAGUAGCUACGCCGAUCGGUAUCCUGUGUACGAGAAACCAACGCGAGAUUUCGCUUAUGGAAAAACGGAGGCACAUAAGACCGGCAAGUACUUCACCGGAGGGAACAACUACGUUUCGCCUAAUGCCGUUCAUGCAUCGUCUAAUGACUUCGCUGCCUCUGGAACGACCAACAAUAACAACUACUACAAUUACUACGGUAACAAUAACGAGAACGAAGGGUUUGGAAACGAUUAUUCUGGGGACUGCGUAUGCGUACCGUACGAGCAAUGCCAAAGCGAGCACGCUGGUCGUAAAGACGAUCUCUUCCUCCCCAUCGACCCUCGUAAUCUGAAUAAAAAUAUCGAAGCUGAGAAUAUCGAUGGGACCGCCGCGAUAGUGAUAGAGGAGAAUGCUAAUGGAACGUCUACCAUCGUACGCAUACCGAAGAGCAACAAGAUCGACUCGAUCGAGGCCCAAACUGCCGCCCAAAGUAUCGGAGAAGGAUCGAAGGUGUCGGAAGAAAAUGGUAGGAGCAAGAGGGAAGCAACCAGGGAUGUAUCGACGAGCAUCCAGGGCAGAAAGAAGUCGGACGGAGAAGGGAGACUCGAUGCUAGCGAUCUGGACUCUUCGAAAUUAAACCUGAAGCCAACCUGGGGGAUCAGUUUCGGUCUGCCGCAAACUGGUGGUUCGUACCCUAUCGGUCCUCAUGGUGGCAAUGUCCUGGUAAAUCCGUACAAUGGGUACGGUUCCGGUGAUCAAGGCAUAAAUUUAGGCCUGGUUUCCGUGAAUCCUCUGCUAGCUGUGCAAUUCACCAAAGACGAAUACGGCGAGAAGGUGGUAAAACCGUUUGUAAAUCUCCACGUGACGCCUAAUCGAAAUAUCGUGCAGAAACUCGGUCAUAUUCUCUCUCACAAGAAGCAAGCGCUGUUCGAUGGUUACGGGCCCAACUAUGCUCCUCACUAUUAUCCCCAAAAGCCUGUUGAGAUUUACGAGAAACCGUAUUACGUGAAACCUCACCAUCAUCCGUCCCAUCAUUACGCAAAUUCAUAUCCCCAUGAAUAUUCGGAUUACUAUCGAGACGGCGAUGACGAUUACGAUUACGAUUACGACGAGAGUUAUCGCGGUAUCGGGCGUAGCAAUGCUAACGAAACGCCCGAUGCUGAUGCAAAUGAACGAACAAUUCCCAAAGAAAGAACCUCUGGGAAAGUAUCGUUUCCGAAGAGAAGAAAGCGUGACGUGCAGUCACAAUUACAGAAGGACACAAUGGAGAGACAGUAUACAGGCUCUCCUCGCGUCUGUGGUCCUGGUUACGUGUGUUGUUCGAGAAGACAGCCGAUAAAGAAACCAAGGCCUGGUCAAUGUGGAACCAGAUACACUCAAGGAAUCAAUGGAAGAAUCAAGACCCCGUCGUACGUCGAUGGUGACGCUGAAUUUGGUGAAUAUCCUUGGCAAGUCGCCAUAUUGAAGAAAGACCCAACAGAGAGUGUGUACGUGUGUGGUGGUACACUCAUCUCACCUCGACACAUUCUCACUGCAGCACAUUGCGUGAAAACUUACGCGCCACGAGAUCUUCGCGUUCGUUUAGGAGAAUGGGACGUGAAUCACGAUGUUGAGUUCUAUCCGUACAUCGAACGUGACGUAGCGAACGUCAAUGUUCAUCCAGAAUUCUACGCUGGUACACUUUAUAACGAUAUCGCGAUAUUGAGGAUCGAUCAUGAGGUCGAUUUCCAAAAGAAUCCGCACAUUAGCCCUGCCUGUCUGCCAGAUAAACGCGACGACUUCUCAAGAAGCAGAUGUUGGACAACUGGCUGGGGUAAGGACGCCUUCGGGGACUUUGGAAAGUAUCAGAAUAUUUUAAAGGAAGUUGACAUACCUGUGGUAAAUAACCAAGUGUGCGAGCAGCAAAUGAGGAGGACGAGAUUAGGACCAAGUUUCAACUUACAUCCUGGAUUCAUUUGCGCUGGUGGAGAAGAAGGAAAAGAUGCGUGUAAAGGCGAUGGUGGUGGUCCUAUGGUUUGCGAACGUAACGGUCACUGGCAAUUGGCAGGAAUUGUGUCAUGGGGUAUUGGUUGUGGACAACCAGGCGUUCCCGGUGUAUAUGCUCGCGUUUCAUAUUAUCUCGACUGGAUUAAUCAAGUCAUUAAUCGUUAUUAA